AGCUUAUCUCCUCCCGUCUAGGCGACGACGACGACGAAGCAGCGGGAGGAGCAUAAGCGCCGCCGAUCCCGAGCAUACGAGCGAGUUCUCCACUCAUCCUCCGCCUCGUGCCGCAGAUCCCUACGUACGCCGCCCGCCAGCCAUGGCCCGCUCCUCCUCGCAGUCGCAGUCCUCCGUUGGCGCUGGCGCCGGCGCCGGCGCGCGCCCGGCCACCGUGGGGCCGCGCGGCACGGCCGCGGCGGCCGCCGGGAUGCGCCGCCGCCGCGCCACCGCGUCCGGCGGGGGUGGCGGAUUCUCGGGGGGCGGCGGGAGCAACAUGCUCCGCUUCUACACCGACGAGGCGCCGGGGCUCCGGCUCUCGCCUACCAUGGUGCUCGUCAUGUCCCUCUGCUUCAUCGGCUUCGUCACCGCCCUCCACAUCUUCGGCAAGCUCUACCGCUCCCGGACGGCCGCGGCCUCCGCGUGAUCCGAUCCGAUCCGACCGCUCUUGCUCCCACACAUCGGAUCAGACAGACAGAUCAGACGGUGAAGGUUUUGGUUUUUGGGUGAUGAAUUUGUGUAUGGCGAGACGCGCAGCUUGUUGUGUUGCCUAGCUUUUGGUUGGUCCUUACUUUCGAUCUGCAGAUGGAAACCCUAGUACUGGUCAACUUAAUGCGCCCUUUCUGUUAUUUUCUUCCCUUGCUUUGAGAAUUAUUACUGGAAUAACUAUGACUAGUUUCUUCUAAUUCUGCUUGCUAGCUACAAGUGCAUCUUCCUAGCUUUAGAUGUGCUCCAUUGUUGUCGCUCCAUUAACUACUUUCUGCACUUGCUAGGUAUUCUGGGUACUUUUACCGAACUGGGGAGUUUGAUUAUUGCUUCGCACCUUA